AUGACUACGGUUGCACGGCUGAAGCGGGAAAAUGCGGAAAAGGGCGUCUUACGGAUACCCUUCUUCCGGCUGAAGGGAGGAAUGAGGCAAUAUCAUCCUCGCCGCAAAUCUGCCUUUUUCAGUCUUUGUGGCUUAGCAUGCGCUCCCUUCUCAGAAUGCUCCGCGGCUCUGAUAUUCAGCGGCGCCAAAUGCAUCGGCAACAAGCAGGCGACGCCGGCAAUGGAACGGGGAGCUUUGCGAUCCAUCGCCGGCUAUGGGAGGCAUCCGGCAAUGCUGUUCCUUCGUGACUUCAUCGUCCCAGAGUAG